CGUUGCCAUUUGCCAGCACCAGCUCCCUUUAUAUUCCCCAACCUCUCAGCUCUUUCUCUUCCCUCAUCCCAUCCCUCCAACCACCCCUUCUCCUCUCCCUUCCUUCCCCCGUCCUGAGCCCCAGCUCAGGGGAGAGGAAUCCUCAGAUCACAGCUCGUCUAAUCCUGCUCGUUCUCCUGCGCACACAAUCCAUCGAAAGCUUUCUUUUUGCAAGAAUUAUUGGUCCGCGCGGCAAUGGCGUCCACGUCCAGCUCGACGGCGGUGGAGGGGAGGGAGCGGAAGCGGAAGCGCACAGCCGGGGGAGAGUCCGCGUCGGCGGCGGCGGAGGCGCAGCCGUCCAAGUGGCGGACGCGGCGCGAGCACGAGAUCUACUCGUCGAAGCUCCUCGAGGCGAUCCGCCUCGUCCGCGCCGGGUCGUCCUCUGCCGCGGCGGCGACGGCAGCGGCCCAGCCGCGCAGCAGGGCCGUGCGCGAGGCGGCGGACCGAGCGCUCGCUGUCGCUGCGCGCGGGCGCACGCGCUGGAGCCGCGCAAUCCUCGCCUCCCGCCGCCUUCGGCUCCAGGCCGCGCGCCGCGCGCGCCUCCGCGCCCCCACCUCCCCAUGUUCUUCGCGUCACGACGCCACCGCCGCUGCCGCCUCCUCGGCGCCGGGGAAGGGCCCAAAGACGCCGCCCCUGGAGAGGAAGGCGAAGGUGCUGGGGCGGCUCGUGCCCGGUUGCCGGAAGCUGCCGUUCCCGGCGCUCCUCGCCGAGGCCUCCGACUACAUCGCAGCGCUCGAGAUGCAGGUCCGCGCCAUGACGGCCCUCGCCGAGGCGCUCUCCGCCGUCUCAUCCUCCUCCACCACCACCACCACCAACGGCGGCUCCUCCUCGCCGGCGUGACCCAGGCUUCGCGAUUCGUGCAUUCGUUGUAAAUUUUCCCCUUCAAAUUUUCCUCGGGAUUAGCUAACCUCUAGCUCUCUCUCUCUCCUCCGUAGCUUGUCUUGUUGUUUCUCUCGGUUGGGUGUUCGGUUAGUGUGUUGAUGGUGAAUGAUGAUGGCGUCCCAGUGAUUAACCCGUGCUGUGACGUGGUAGAAGAUGCCGGAGGCCACAGUGGUUUUGCUGUCUCCUCUCCUCCUCCCUUUCACCUCUCAGGAUUCUUUUGUAGGUUGGUUUGCUCUCUUCUUCUGCCUCGAUCGCGUUCUCUGAUUAAUGCAUCUUGAAGUGUUCAGAUCACAA